AUUUUAUCCUAUCAAACGACUUCGACUUGAGAUUAGCAACAACUCUGUCUCGAAUUACUGCUCUGGAAUAGCCAUUGCACUUCUUCAGAUCCCAAAAGCAUCUGAGCAAUCGAGAAGUGAUUUUGGUCUCUGUAAAUCAACAACACUCGCUUUGAGGUUUGGGCGGAUUGACGUAAGCUCACUUCACCACGUCAUUCUAUCUCGCCACGCGAAUCGACCGCCGACGAAACACCAGCAACAUGGCGGGCAACUCGGAUCACGAAGCGCUUGCCCUUCAGCUCCUGGAGUUCGUUCCCAGCGCCACUCCCGAACAAGCAACCCGAUACCUGUCAGCCAAUAACUGGGAUCUUGACGCAGCUGCUGCAUCUCUGAUGGCAGACAUGGAGGAGGCUGAAGAAGAUGCCGACGCCGUUGCCGCAGCUCCCUCAGCAUCCGCAUCGGCCUCACAACCCACUCCGCCCGGCUACACUGGCCCGCGAACUCUCGAUGGCCGACCUGCGCCCCAGUCCGCGACAUCCAGCAGCGCCUCCAAAAAACCCCAGAAGAAGACGGGCCUAGCAACCUUAAGCUCGCUUGGUGGUGGUGGUGGUGGUGGUGGUGGUGGUGGUGGAGGGCACGCCCAUGAUCACGAUGAUGACGAGAGCGAGGAAGAAUAUGAUGAUGACAAGGGACCGCGUGACACGUAUGCUGGGGGUGAGCGAAGUGGUCUUGCGAUUCAGGACCGUCCCACGGGUCAGCGACCGACUGAUCCUCGCAAGUUGAUUAACGACAUUGUCGCUAAGGCGAAGGCGCAAGCAGAGGAAGGUGGCCCACCUGCUUCAUCCGCUGGCCCAUCAGAGCCAACACCAACUUUCCGUGGCGCAGGCCAAACUCUCGGAGGCGAUGGCGUAGAGAGUCGCUCUAUCCCCGACCCUCGAGCUUCCCAGAAUCAGGCUCAGCCCCGCGGCGGCCAGCCUGUAGAGCGAGUCCUUCACAUCUGGCGCGAUGGCUUCAGCAUUGAUGAUGGCCCGAACCACCGCUUCGAAGACCCUGCCAACGCUGCUGAUUUGGCCAUGAUCCGCUCGGGCCGAGCCCCUGUUCAUCUCAUGAACGUGCGAUUUGAUGAGGAGCUCGAUGUCAAGCUCGAACAACACGAGGAGCCCUACCACCAGGUCCCUAAGAAGUACAAGCCCUUCUCGGGUGAAGGAAGACGACUAGGAAGCCCCGUUCCCGGAGAUGGCAGUGCUGGCGUUGCCGCCGCCGCUGCUGCUGCCCCAUCCGGGCCUUCGUCACUGUCUACCUCUUCUGCUGCCGGAACGCCUACACCCACAAAUGUGGAUGUCUCGCAACCUACUGUCAUGAUUCGCAUUCAAAUGCACGAUGGUACCCGCUUGCCUGCUCGCUUCAACACGACGCAAACCGUCGGUGACAUCUACGACUUCAUCAACCGCUCAUCUAACACCCUGCCUGCCAACUGGGUCCUCGCCACUACGUUCCCCAACAAGGAUCACACAGAUAAGAGUGUGGUGCUCGAGGAGAUGCCCGAGUUUAAGAAGGGAGGCACGGCGAUGGUGAAGCGCAACUAGAGAGGCUUCGAGGUGCAUGGCGCGCUUCUGGAAGGAUUUGUGUAUGAGAGGUGAAUAGACUGGGUCUCCUCCCAUUGACUGAGUGUAGGAAUAGACAAGCCUCCCGGGUGCAGGGAAAUCAGACCGUCUUGAGACGGGAUGUACCCCCGGAGCUCAAUGAAGUGAAGUAAGCUGAACUGAAAUUGUAUCAUGCGAAGUGCAUGUGUCGGGUCUAUGUCCUAUGAAGCAGCAGCUGAAUAAUCUCAUAUAUAGUCGCCUUCGUAGUAUGUAAAACCAAGCCAAGAAUGGGACAGGGUUCAUCCGUAAGAGCUUUUCCUCUCGACGUCCCAGGCUUUCAAGUACAUGUACCUACACCUAUACCUAUUUACAUUGCCGAGCACUUCAUGCCUG